AUGCUGAGCUCAGUGUGCGUUUGGUGGUUCCGCGGGCGCCGGGGGCUCGGCGAGCAGCAGCUGCAACUGGCACCAACGCCGCGGCCACCGGAGUCUCCGCCGCUGCCGCCGCCUCAGCAGUGCGCGCAGUUCGGCCCCGCCGCGUGCCCGGCGGGUGCCCCGCUUUCCCGUGGGCCCGGGGGCCGGCGCGCCGAGCCAUGCCCCGGGCUGCCGGCGGUGGCCAUGGGGCGGCACGGCGGCGGCGGCGGCGACAGCGGUAAGAUCGUGAUCAACGUGGGCGGCGUGCGCCAUGAGACGUACCGCUCCACGUUGCGCACCCUGCCGGGGACCCGGCUGGCCGGGCUGACCGAGCCCGAGGCGGCCGCGCGCUUUGACUACGAUCCGGGUACAGACGAGUUCUUCUUCGACCGCCACCCGGGCGUCUUCGCCUACGUGCUCAACUACUACCGCACCGGCAAGCUGCACUGCCCGGCCGACGUGUGCGGUCCGCUCUUUGAGGAGGAGCUAGGCUUCUGGGGCAUCGACGAGACAGACGUGGAGGCCUGCUGCUGGAUGACCUACCGCCAGCACCGCGACGCCGAGGAGGCACUCGACUCCUUCGAAGCUCCCGACUCCUCGGGCGCCGCCAACGCCGCCAACGCCGGAGGCGCCCACGAUGCAGGCCUGGACGACGAGGCGGGCGCAGGAGGCGGCGGGCUGGACGGAGCAGGCGGCGAGCUCAAGCGUCUGUGCUUCCAGGACGCAGGCGGAGGCGCCGGGGGACCUGCCGGGGGCGCGGGCGGCGCGGGCGGCACGUGGUGGCGGCGCUGGCAACCCCGCGUGUGGGCGCUUUUCGAGGACCCCUACUCGUCGCGGGCCGCCAGGUAUGUGGCCUUUGCCUCCCUGUUUUUCAUCCUCAUCUCCAUCACCACCUUCUGCCUGGAGACACACGAGGGCUUCAUCCACAUCAGCAACAAGACGGUGACGCAGGCCUCCCCGAUCCCUGGGGCUCCCCCAGAGAACAUCACCAAUGUGGAGGUGGAGACAGAACCCUUCUUGACCUAUGUGGAAGGCGUGUGUGUGGUCUGGUUCACCUUUGAGUUUCUCAUGCGGGUCACCUUCUGCCCGGAUAAAGUGGAGUUCCUCAAGAGCAGUCUGAACAUCAUCGACUGUGUGGCCAUCUUGCCCUUCUACCUGGAGGUGGGCCUGUCAGGCCUCAGCUCCAAAGCUGCCAAGGACGUGCUGGGCUUCCUGCGUGUUGUCCGCUUUGUUCGCAUCCUGCGCAUCUUUAAGCUGACCCGCCAUUUCGUGGGCUUGCGUGUGCUGGGCCACACACUCCGGGCCAGCACCAACGAGUUCUUGUUACUCAUUAUCUUCCUGGCUCUGGGGGUCCUCAUCUUUGCCACCAUGAUCUACUAUGCUGAGCGCAUUGGUGCCGACCCUGAUGACAUCCUGGGCUCCAACCACACCUACUUCAAGAACAUCCCCAUCGGCUUCUGGUGGGCUGUGGUCACCAUGACCACCCUGGGCUAUGGAGACAUGUAUCCCAAGACGUGGUCUGGGAUGCUGGUUGGGGCGCUGUGUGCCCUGGCUGGAGUGCUGACCAUUGCCAUGCCGGUGCCCGUCAUUGUCAACAACUUCGGCAUGUACUAUUCACUGGCCAUGGCCAAGCAGAAAUUGCCAAAGAAGAAAAACAAACACAUUCCCAGGCCUCCACAGCCUGGCUCACCCAACUACUGCAAGCCUGACCCCCCACCUCCACCCCCGCCACACUCCCACCACGGCAGCGGUGGCAUCAGCCCACCACCGCCCAUCACCCCUCCCUCCAUGGGGGUGACUGUGGCUGGGGCCUACCCACCUGGACCCCACACACACCCCGGGCUGCUCAGGGGUGGUGCUGGGGGACUGGGCAUCAUGGGAUUGCCUCCUCUCCCAGCCCCUGGUGAGCCCUGCCCACUGGCUCAGGAAGAGGUGAUUGAAACCAACAGGGCAGUAGAUCCCCGUCCCAAUGGGGACCCCGCGGCUGCUGCACUGGCCCACGAGGACUGCCCUGCGAUCGACCAGCCAGCCGUGUCUCCAGAAGACAAGAGCCCCAUCACCCCCGGAAGCCGGGGCCGCUACAGCCGGGACCGAGCCUGCUUUCUUGUCACUGACUACGCCCCCUCCCCUGAUGGCUCCAUCCGGAAAGCCACUGGUGCUCCCCCACUGCCCCCCCAUACUGGCGCAAGCCAGGCCCCCCAAGCUUCUUGGCCGACCUCAACGCCAACGCAGCGGCCUGGAUAUCCCCCUAGUGGACGAGCCCCCUUCCCCCUAGGCUCUUGUCACCGCCUGAGACCUCGCGAGACCCUCGGGUUCCCCCUGUCCCUUCCCCCCAGGUUACGAGAAGUCCCGCAGCCUGAGCAGCAUUGUGGGCCUGAGCGGGGUAUCCCUGCGCCUGGCGCCCCUCGCCACUCCCCCAGGCUCGCCCCGGGCCACGCGCCGAGCUCCCCCGACCCUGCCCUCCAUCCUCUAGUGCUCCCUCUCCCGUGAGGGGACUGGGGGUGAUGGGAAGGUCAAAAGGAGCUGGGAGUGGGGGCGGGGAAAGGGUUCUUUAAAAAAAAAAAAGUAGUCAUUAAUAAUAUGCAAAAGAGGUGAUGAUGCCAGCAGACACCCUCGGACCUCUCCCCACUUACUAGAGCCUCCAGGAUUGAGGGGGUGGGGCCGGAGCCUGUUCUCCCCCUACUCUCUCCCCUCCCUCCCAAAAAAAAGCAAACCUCAGGUUGUCAUGAGCCAUAGGACACUCCUCCCAUCGACUCCUGUAAAUAACUAAAAGCUGAUUCCAUCUUGGGGCACCCACUCCAGUUUGCAUGCCUCCCAGACCCCCUCUUCAGCAAUAAGCCCGUCAGGAGCUGCUUGCAGUGAGUUGAAGGGGAGGCCGCCUGGAGCUUCUGGGGUGGGGACUGGCAUUUUAGGGGUUUUCCUGCUCACCCCCCAAAAUGGUGACCCACCCAUCACUAAUUGAUUCAGGAAAAACAAACAAAAACCCUCUAGGAACAUGUAGGGAAAGGAAAGCAGGUUGAUCGGCCGCAGCCUUCAGGAGCUCCGCUGGGGGUGGGGGGUUCUGCCAGCAGCUCCCGGGCUUGGAUGACUCCAGCUGGUGCAUUCCACCCACGCCCGCCUCCAGGGAUCUGCUCCCUCUAUUCACUGCAUGGACUUAGCCCUCCAGGCCCACAACCCUCCACCCUACCCUGUCUCCACUCUAUCUCAGAACAUGAGACUAGCACCCUAGACUUCCGGAGAUUGACCCUGGCACCGUGCACUCCCAUCCCCGCGCGCUCCGGCGCCCCACACUUCCCACUUCCAUCACUCCCAGACCCAUCCACCAUUGGCCUGGGCUGCACUGCAGUGUUCUUCCAUCCUCCCAGACCCUUUCCUUGUAUCCCAGCUCACUUCCAGCCUCUGGGACCUGGCAGUCCUCAUGACCCGGACAUUGCUCAGAUAAACUCAAGCUUCCCCUGACCCCA